UCUGACGCUUUCCAUUGAGCUUCGCAAUAUAGGCUUCGUGGGAAAAUGUAAAAGAUUGUCACAUUUUAUCAGGCAAAUGUUUAACACUACCAUAGAAUUUAAGGGUCCUUGGGGUCCUUCAAGACACGUGUUUUUGUCUGGUAGUUCCUGUUAGAUCGUGGUAGCUGUGUGUGGCAUCAUGGCGGACUUACAGAUGAAGAUUCUCAGAAAGAAAAUACAGAAAAAGAAUGAUAAAAACAAACAGCGAGAAAUGCUAAAGAAACUUAAAGAAGCCGAAAAUGAGGAGCUGGUAUCAACUGACGAGUCUAAGGCUAAUUUGACGGAUGAAACGUUGAGCCAGUCAGAAGGUAAAUCGGCCGCAAACCCGAAUGAUACUCCUACCAGUAAAGAGUCUGCUCCGACUUUAGGAAAGAAAAGGAAAGUUACUGUCUCCAUUGACUCUAGUGGGUCGAAAAAAAAGAAAAAGAAGGAUUUGAAAGCCGAAGCUGAAGAUGACUGCUCGCAAGAUGAUGAGGAGUCUGAAACGGCAGAUCCUGAGGAAAGCGAACAGCCAGCAGACGAUGAAGUUGAUACGGACAACGAGUUGGACAGUAAGAGUGAAGAGGGGAAAGAUGGAAAAGGGGAAAGUGAAGAUGGACCCGAGCUCCCGUUAGGACUUUCGGGCGCAUUUGAAGACCGCUCUUUUGCAUCCCUUGCUGAGUUGGUGAGCGAGGCCACUCUGAAAGGCAUAAAGGAGCUGGGCUUCGAACACAUGACUCCGAUCCAGCACAAGAGCAUCCGACCUCUGCUCGAAGGAAGAGACGUCUUGGCUUCUGCUAAAACAGGUAGUGGCAAAACUUUAGCGUUCCUCAUCCCUUCCAUUGAGCUAAUUUACAAACUGAAGUUCAUGCCUAGAAAUGGAACUGGCGUUAUCGUUUUGUCCCCCACACGAGAGUUGGCCAUGCAAACUUAUGGUGUGUUAAAGGAGUUGAUGACCCAUCAUGUACACACAUUUGGCCUUAUAAUGGGUGGCAGCAAUCGGACCGCAGAAGCUCAGAGGCUUGCGAAUGGCACUAACAUACUAGUGGCUACUCCGGGGCGACUGUUGGACCACCUGCUAAACACACCUGCUUUCAUGUACAAGAAUCUCCAGUGUCUGAUCAUUGACGAAGCAGAUAGACUGUUGGAGGUUGGCUUUGAAGAAGAGCUAAAGCAGAUCAUCAAGCUGUUGCCAAAGAAACGUCAGUCGAUGCUGUUUUCAGCCACGCAGACCCGCAAAGUUGAGGAUUUGGCCCGCAUUUCUCUCAAAAAAGAGCCGCUCUAUCUCGGUGUGGAUGACAACAAGGACAAUGCUACAGUGGAUGGACUGGAACAAGGAUAUGUGGUGUGUCCCUCUGAGAAAAGAUUCCUCCUGCUCUUCACCUUCCUGAAGAAAAAUCGCAACAGGAAGUUGAUGGUGUUCUUCUCAUCCUGCAUGUCUGUGAAGUAUCACUAUGAGCUGCUCAACUACAUCGACCUGCCAGUCAUGGCCAUUCACGGCAAGCAGAAGCAGACCAAGCGUACGGCCACCUUUUUCCAAUUCUGCAACGCAGACAAAGGCAUCCUUCUCUGCACCGAUGUAGCUGCCAGAGGCUUGGACAUCCCCGAAGUUGACUGGAUCGUUCAGUACGACCCUCCUGAUGAUCCUAAGGAGUACAUCCACCGUGUCGGAAGAACCGCCCGUGGACUCAACGGUCUGGGCCACGCUCUGCUGAUCCUCCGCCCCGAAGAGCUGGGCUUCCUGAGGUUCCUCAAACAGGCCAAGGUGCCCUUAAGCGAAUUCGAAUUCUCCUGGACCAAGAUCUCUGACAUUCAGGCACAGCUGGAUAAGCUGAUUGAGAAGAACUACUAUCUCCACAAGUCUGCUCAAGAGGCCUACAAGUCUUAUGUCAGGGCAUAUGACUCUCAUUCUCUCAAACAGAUCUACAGUGUUGAUACUCUCAACCUUCCAAUGGUGGCCCUGUCCUUCGGCUUCAAAGUACCCCCCUAUGUGGACCUUGGUGUCCACUGCAGUAAGGGUAUGAAGAUGCAAAAGAGAGGUGGUGGAGGUGGCUUCGGCUUUCAGAAGUCUAAGAACUUCCAGAAGGCUAAGAUCUUCAAGCAUGUUAACAGGGGAGGCAAGGGAGAUGGAAGGCAGUUCUCCCGCUGAUGAAAUUGUUGGAUGUUAAAUUUACUAAAUGUAUUCAUCAAAUCUGUUUUCUAUUCAGUGUACUCAAUAACAUUCAGUGUUCAUGAUGUCCGAAGGCUGUAUUGCCAUGUGAAGAGAACUUUCAAUUACAACAUUAGUUUAAUAUUUGUCUCUGGAUAGAGUAGUAUAUUUACUCUGUAGGCCUAUAUCUUCAAAAUGUUAUUGAUAUCAUGAAAAAUUACAAAAUUGUCAUAAACCAUUUAGAUCUGCUCCAUGUCAUAUUUUAUUUAACAGUUGACUCUGUUGUGAUUAUCUUUACUUGUAAUUCAUGUUUUAGACUUGGAGUAAUGCAAUAGUUUACACUGUUGUGCAUAAUCCUGGUGUAUCCAUUAAAAUUGGUUCUUUGGUAA